AUGGUCUGUUUCUUUAUAGAUAUACUUAUAGAUAUACUUGAUUACUUAUACGGAAGCGCAAAUCUCGAUAUUAAUAUAGGAGCGGAACUUCUGGAGGAGAUACGGAUAAUUAUUAUAGCCGCAAAUGCCUUAGGGAACCUCUUCUGGUAUAUAAGCGGGGCUAUAGGUAUCUUACGGACUAUAUACGGGGCUUUCGGAUUAUCUUUAAGGCUAUAUGGUCCGUAA